AUGUUGGCAAGAGUACUCUUCCCUGAAAUCUUGGGCUGUGUUGCUGGAACUGAUUGCUUUGAAAAAUGCGGAGAAGUAGCGAGCUGUGCAAAUCAUGCAUUUCCACUCGUAGUCCUUCAUAUUCUACCAUCUGGUGUUCGAGGACUUAUGUUCUCCGUUGUCAUUGCUGCUCUGAUGUCGGGACUUGACUCAAUCUUCAACUCUGCCUCAACUCUAUUUACAAUCGACAUUUGGCUCAAGUUCCGUCCGAGUUCUUCUGAGCGCCAACUGAUUCUGACUGGAAGAAUUGUGGUUGUUGCUGUUGCUCUUCUUUCGAUACUGUGGAUUCCAAUGGUGGAGAGUCAGGGGUCAGGGCGAUUAUUUUAUUAUGUUAACGAAGUUUCCAACCAUUUUUCGCCAGUCAUCGCUGCUGUUUUUGUUUUGGCUGUCUUAUGGGAUGGGCUCAAGGAACGCGGAGCGUUUUGGGGCUCGAUGAUAGGCUUCUCGGUCGGUUUGCUUCGUUUGAUCCUGCUUUUCGCUUACCCAGCUGACCCUUGUGUCGACUCUGAUAAGCCCUGGCUUAUUGAAAAUGUGCACUACAUGACGUAUACGGCGGUUAUUUUCGUGGUGACACUUGUUUCUACUCUGCAUAGAGGAGAUUUAAAUAUGAUGAGGAUGAAGAAAGUGCCAGUGCCUUGGGGGAACCUGGCUGUAUAUCAUUGGGGAAGACCAUUAGGGAGGGGUCAGGAAUCUAACCACAUCCGGCCCGGUUAUGAACACCUAUUUUAUCCAGAAAUGAGCUCAGGGGCAAACUUUAAAUUCCUAGCAGAAAAACUCGUUGAUCUCGAGGACGUUUCAGUCGUUUCUUGGGAUUAUCCUGGACAAGGUCGAUCUGAUUCUCCAGCAAUACAUUUUCCAGCGACCGGAGUUGUUCCAUUCGCCCUCAGACUCCUCCUGAAGGAGCUAAACUGGACCGAGGAGAUAAACAUGGUUGGACAUAGCAUGGGCGCUUAUUUAUCAACAAAUUACUCUCUUCUCUACUCGGAAGAAAUCGCCAGUUUGACUAAUAUCGCCAACGGUUUACUCUCCAUUUUAUGA